GCGGCGAGGACAAGCGCUACAGCAGCUCAUCUGCACCCGCGGGGCGGCGACUGCUAAGCACAAGCACUGCACUCUCAAAACUUCGCUGCCAUCCUCACCAUGUAGCCGCAAGCUCAAUGAAUACCUAGAAUGUCAGCGUGGAAGAAGGUACGUCCAGCAAACUGUGCAUGCUUGUUUCUUGAAACGUGCAGAAGAAAACUAAGUCUACUCUUCGCUCACGAGCCUGUGCGCGGCAGUGUGCGGGAUGCAGAGCUCAGCAUUACAUCACUCACCUGCCGAGAGAAGGUGUUGCUGAGCGUAGUGCGACAACGCUGCUGUAUCCUCCCAGACAGGAACACAGAGUCACAGUGCACAUUGUGUGGUGAGACCGAAGAUCAGUUAGAUUCAUGGUCUCCACCGCCAUACUUCGAUGAAGACAGCUACCUCCCCCUUCCCAGGAAUAUGAAAGGUUUAUCAAGCGGUCGUCCUCAGCUCACCUUCAUAUCCAGUCACACCUGUGGGCUGCCAGACUGCGAUCAGUCCCUUGACCCCUUGCAGCAUGUCGGCCCCGAUUCCCGCUCUCCCUACCUGCUCAGUCCGACUGAGAGCUGCCCUCUGGAUCCACACCGCUGCUCGCCCCGCAGCUCCAUCCACUCGGAGUGCAUGGUGAUACCUGUUUCUAUGGCAUCUGACCACGUUUCCAGCAGCACAUUUCCUAGAAUGCACUAUAGUUCACACCACGAUGGCUCGAGAGACGAUGGCUCCACUUCUCACGGUGGAGGUGGCGGUGGUGGUGGCAGUGGAGGGAUCGGAGUUGGCGGUGGGGGCAGCGGGUCUGGGAAGAUGAAUCGUAUUCCCGCGAACCUUCUGGACCAGUUCGAGAAGCAGUUGCCGAUUCAUAGAGAUGGUUUUCACACGCUACAGUACCAGCGCACGUCUGCAACCACCACAAGCAGUGAGCAGCGCAACGAGAGUCCCGGGCGUAUCCGCCAUCUGGUGCACUCCGUCCAGAAGCUCUUCACCAAAUCCCACUCACUCGAGGGGUCAUCCAAGAUGAACGGCACCAAGGGAGACUCUCGCUCAGACAGCGGUCACCACCACCACCACCAUCACGGACAUCACCAUGGGAACCACAAACACAGCAAACGGAGUAAGAGUAAGGAACGCAAGUCAGACUCCAAGCAACGCUCAGGGAUAGCAGGCUGGUGGAGUUCUGAUGACAACCUGGACAGUGACAGCACCUACCGGACUCCCAGCAUCAUGAGCCGCCACCACGGAGAUCAUAUCACUCACUGUUACCCGGACACAGGCCAUGGCCACUUUGGUGACCUUUCGCUCAAGACCUCCAAGAGCAACAACGAUGUGAAAUGUUCUGCAUGCGAAAACAUCUCGAUGGCCCCCGAGGGCAAAUUUAUGAAGCGCAGCUCCUGGUCGACGCUUACUGUCAGCCAGGCUAAAGAAGCCUACCGCAAAUCUUCCCUCAACCUGGAGAAACCGACCAUGCCUCAAGAUCUGAAGUCCUCCAUGAGGCCUUGUCAUUAUUUGCAGGUCCCUCAGGAUGAAUGGGGAGGGAAAGAUGAGGAGAUCCCAUGCAGAAGGAUGCGGAGCAGCAGUUAUGUUAAAGCCAUGGGUGAUCAGGACAGCGGAGACUCGGAUGGCAGCCCUAAAAACUCCCCACAGAAAAGCGUGCGACCCAACGCUCUUGUCAGAUCUGUGCUGCAAAGACAACUUUCAGACCAGAGCUCAUACCGUUUGGACAAGUCAAGCCGAGACAUGGUCAAAUACCUCACCAAUAUCACUGCAGAUUUAAGUCAAAGCUACCAUCUUCAUACCUCUAGGGAAAUCCAUCCCAGCAUUACACUGGAACCGUCUCCCAACUACAACUCGCCGAAGUUCCGCUCCAGGAACCAGAGCUACAUGAGAGCGGUCAGCACCCUGAGCCAGGCCAGCUGCGUCAGCCAGGUCAGCCAGGUGAGUGAGACUGAGGUUAACGGGCAGUUUGAGUCGGUGUGUGAAUCCGUGUUCAGCGAGGUGGAGUCUCAGGCCAUGGAUGCUUUGGACCUGCCGGGCUGCUUCAGGACACGCAGCCACAGUUACCUACGAGCCAUCCAGGCUGGAUUCUCACAGGACGAUGACUGCGUCCCCUCCAUGACAUCAUCCACUGUCACCUCCACCAUCAGGUCCACCACAGGAAUUCAGUUCCAUCUCCCUUCUUCAGGCAGUGUGGAUCGUCCUUCCCAGCAACCACCAGCGGUCACCUACACACCCAGUACACCCACCUAUAAGAGGACCCCUCCACCUGUGCCCCCUCGUUCCACCUCCAAACCUCUCAUCUCCAUCACAGCGCAGAGCAGCACAGAGUCUACGCAGGACGCCUACCAUGAGGGACAACUGGCCAGAGGGGGCAUCUGGGGCUCUGAUGGGGUGAGUCUGAGUUUGGGUCGAGCCCUUUAUAACUCCACUGACAGUCUGGACAGUGCCAAGGCCGUCACUAUCGCCAUGGAAGCAGCUGCCAUGGCGAUGGCAGGAAAGAGACACCCCUCCACAGACAGCCAUAGCUCAGUGAUGACCUGUGAUAAAGCUGUGCUGGUGUCCAAAGCAGAAGAGUACCUAAAAACACCAAGGUCUUCAAUAGGAAUACAGGUGAACUCUGUGUUGUUGUUGGAGGCGACUGAUUCUGAGUGUGAAAGCAAAGGCUCUCGAGAGUAUCAUUCUGUUGGGAUUCAAGUGGAAGACGAGAGACGACAGGGCCGGUUUAAGCGGUCCAAUAGUGUCACGGCUGCCGUUCAGGCUGAUCUGGAGUUGGAGGGUUUUCCUUUAAUGGAGGAUAAAGGUCUUCAGUUUGGCGGAGGUUUCCAGCGUCACAGCGAGCCCAGCACCCCUACGCAGUAUGGCGCUGUUCGGACAGUCCGCACACAGGGUCUCUUCAGCUACCGCGAGGACUACCGCACCCCCACAGAGCCCUCAAGUCCCCAGCGAAGCCCCGAGCCCUGGUUGGAGCCCUCGCCACGGGAACCCAUUGCCACCGUGGCGGUUACAGUGACGCCACCCCAACCCACGGAUUCAGGAAGAGCGUCGCCCUCGUGCAGGAGGGACGGAAGCUGGUUCAUGCAAUUGCUGCACACAGAGACAAAAAAGAUGGAGGGAUGGUGCAAAGAGUUGGAGGGAGAGGCGGAAGAGAACGAUCUGUCGGAGGAAAUCCUAGGGAAGAUCCGGAGUGCUGUAGGAAGCGCUCAGCUCCUGAUGUCCCAGAAAUUCCAGCAAUUUUAUUGGCUUUGCCAGCAGAACCUAGACCCCAGUGCCAUGCCUCGGCCCACCUCUCAGGACCUGGCCGGGUUCUGGGACCUGCUGCAGCUUUCCAUUGAUGAUGUUACCUCCAAAUUCAAUGAGCUGCAGAAGAUUAAAUCCAACGAUUGGAGGCUUAUUGAAAGUCCUGUGAAGAAGCUCCCGCCGCCAGUACCAAAGAAGACAUUGCGUAAGAGUGUGACAAGGGAAAAAUCUUUGGAUCUCCCUGACCGUCAAAGACAGGAGGCACGACGGCGCCUCAUGGCAGCCAAACGCGCAGCUUCAUUCCGCCAAAACUCAGCAUCAGAACGGGCCGACAGCAUCGAGAUCUAUAUACCAGAGGCCCAAACGCGGCUCUGAGAGUCACAGGGAACACCUUUAUCACACCCAUCACCAUCAUCACUCUCAGUGACAGAGCCUGAUACUACGAAAUACCACGAUCCAUUCAACAAACAAAUCAUCAGAAACAAAAGUGUUUCAUACCUGUCAAAAGGGUUUUGUACCUUUUAGAACUGCCUGCAACAUCCAUAUGAAGUUUUCCCUGUUUAGGGAGACAUACUUCACCAAAAUUGCACAACAUAUCGCAAUUGUAGACCCACGUGACGUUGCCUGACGAAGCAAAACUUUACAUAUAAGCUUUAAUCACAGUCAAUCUGAUGUGAGUGUCUUUAUGGCAUCCAUUUAGCACUUUCAAAAUUGAAAAAUUUAAAUUUUGAGGCCUCAGAUUUAAACAAUUCAUUUGUUUUUAUUACAUUAAGAAACCUGAAGAGAAGUCUUUAGUUCCGGUUCCAUCUGGUUCCAUUCGUUCAAGUUCUGUAGCUUUGUAUUUCCGUUCUUAUGAUUCAUUUAUCUCUCUCUUUGUCUUUGUGUUUUUCUUUCUUUCCAUCUCUCUCCACAUUGAGUAUUUUUCUCAUGAACUCUCUUGUGAGCAUUUAUGUAAGUGCCAGUGCUGAAAUACCUCAAUCAUACAUUUUAGGGAAAAUUUAAAUCUCACCCUGAGGGUUUACAUUGCCGGAUUGAAGAUCAGUUUUCAUUAUUCACCUACUUACUGAUAUCAAAUAUACAGCUGUCACAUUGCUUCAUACUUGAUGUUUAUGUUAUUUUAGAUUAAUUGCUUUAGGUUUUUGGGUGCAAUUGCUUAAAACCUAAAUUCAACAAUGUAAAGGUUCAAAAAUGCAUUUUUGCACUUUCUUCUUCUAAAUGUAUGUUUGUAUGUAUUUCCAAGGGAAAUAAAGUUCUAAAAGAUAUCGUUGCAGUUGAAUUGCAAGGUUUUGUGUGACUAUCGAUUUAUCAUUUCAUGUCUCUGAAUGUUUCAUUCCUUCAGCCUUACCUAGUCAUUCAUCAGUUUUAUUCAUUUUUAUUGAACCAUUUUCCACUCCAUCUGCUGUUAUCAAGCAUCUGGCCCAUGUUCUCCACAAAAAGAAAAGAAAAGAAAAGAAAAACAGCUUUUUACAUCUUUUCUAUGUGUCUUGACAAAGAGAAUCAAUAAUUCUGUCUCGACUGAAGGAGACUUUGGGUGUUCCCAUUAUUAUCUAGAUGACUUGGCGGUUGGUGAUAGAUGUAAGACUGCAUGCAGUCCACAUACCACACAUCUGUGAGAAUGAAACAUGCAGAAUGAAUUAACUGUACAAUCAAACUGUUCUCAAGUCUGUUUGAUGGCAUUUGUCCAAACAGGAUGGUUGAUUAUAUUAGAUUAUCAAAACCAGAAAAGCCAAUAUUGUUUUGGAUUGUUAUACAAUCAUUGAAUUUGUUUUAAAAUGCAGGCUUCAUUAAGAAUAUAUCACUAAAGGGACCCACUUUCUGUACCAGAGAGAGAUUUCAGCUUAAACAUGCAGAAGUCCAGCUCUAACACUUCAGAUAAAAGAGUUUGAUGUUUUGUUAAUAUGAAGCAUAAAUGCAUGACCACUUAUGGUUGUCUCUCAGUGACUCGCAGCCACUGAAGUAUCACUGCCGGCAGCCUCAAAAACCUUCACAAAGACUUACUUUAUACCAUAUUAUUCAAAAAUGCCAUAUUUUAUCCACUUUUAUCCCUAUAUAUCAUACAAGGUCACAUUACAUUUCAAAAGUCUAACUAUUUCCCCACAUUCUGUUGCGACUGCCCUGUUUUUGCCUCUGCAUCAUAGAAGAAGAGGAGGCCAGAGAUUAGAGGAGAUUAGUUUUAUCACUUCCACUCGAAUACCUUGUAGCUUUAUAUUCUCAAUUUCCUUCACGAGAUGACCUUGAGAAGAGCUUGUCGUUAGAAGCAAAUAUUUUCUUUUAAUUUCCCUGUACUAUGUAUUUUUUUUUUUUUUCAUUGUUCAAACACAAUUACAGCAUUUCAUCUAAGAGAGGCUUGCAAUUGAUGAAACUGGCUUCAAGCUAGAGGAAAUUUUGGGAGUAUAUUUUUCAAAACACAACCCAAAACACAGGAUUUCUGCUGUAAAUUGCGCCUAAAGUCACAAUACAGUGUUUUAGCUCAUUUCACACCAGCGGAAGUUUUGAUGGAUUAUUUUGUUAGUCAUUAUAUGGAACAAGUUCUGGGCAAUUUAUAGCUUUGUAGUGCGAGUCGUGGCCUUCAGGGUUUACAGAAAUCCACAGGUCAUUACUGACACCCUCCUGGCCUUACUAACUAGUCAGACUGUUGAAAAAUACACACGUAAUACACAAUUGAUGGGUAACAAUUUACAAAAAGGUCUCAUUUGUUAACAUUAUUUAAUGCAUUGAUUAACCUGAACUAACAACAAUUUUUUUUUUUUCAGAAUUAAUCUUUGUUAAUGUUAAUAAAAUAAUGUAGUCGUUCAUUGUUUGUUCAUGUUAACUAUCAAAACGUUUUUGUAGGUAUUACCAGCUGAUUAUAUGAUAUUCAUUUUUUAUUAUGGCAAAUUUAAACAUUGAUAAUGAACUUAUUAUUUUAAUCAUGUUUUGUUUAUACGCUUUUUUCCCCCCUACAUGGCAAAGACGUGUUUGUGAUUAUACGGUCCUGCAAUGUGGCAGCUGUUCUUUCUGAUUAACCUGCUCCAUUAUCAAUAUGCAAACAUGCCAGUAAUGCAGGCAGUGUUUAUGUGCCAAAUAUGUUUAUGUGCCACAUGUUUGAACAGCUUCUGCUGUUCACAGACCUUCAUGCACUUUGUCUUCCCCAUGCUUCAUCAUAUCAUUUCAACUUGACAGUCUGAAAGUGUUUUGGUGAGCUGACAUCUAAACAAACAUCUGGAAGAACAAAUGCUCUUGCCAACUUUUAGAACAGUGGAAUCAGUUUUCAAAUGUUGAUUUGUUUGUAGGAUUGCCAUAUUUUCAUCAGCAGGGUUGCACUGAGUGGUCAUGUUUAGAUAUGCUUUCAUGAACACCAUGUGCAUUUACUCCAUUCAUAUGUACAUUUAUUUCCAUCAAAAUAAAUCAUUAGUCAGUAUUAAACAAAAAGAAAUGAUUCAUUGAAAAUGGUUAAUCCUCCGCUCCACAGUAUCUGAAAACAUCCAGCAGGCCUUUGGUACCGGUGCGGACUGAGAUGCGCCUGUUUCGGUUUCUUACUCUAGAGAAGCUUCAUCUUGGGACUGGAUUAAUCCUGGAUCUCAGAAUGUGAAAAGAUUAUAAAAUCCUAGUGAAAUUAACAAAUGAAAAAGGUAGUUGUUUAGCUGAGAAUAUUUUCAUUUAAUAUAUACUGUAUAUCAUAUCUGAAGGGUGAAUAUAAUACCAAAUAUUCAUUAUUUGUACAGAAUUAUAUAAAUAGUUAUAUAUAAAUAUAUAUAUAUAUAUAUAAUAUAAAUACAUAAUUGAACCUUUGUUGAAGCAAAAUUCUUUUUCUGCUCUUCCUUAUCGGUUGAGUUUUGUUUUGUUUUUUGGGGGGUUGGGGGGUGGGGGCAUGCACCAUUCUGAUGCUGAAUGUGGGUUUUCCUGCUUCAUUGCUUUUCCAAAUCACUUUUUUGAAUGUUGUUUAUUGUUAAACUUAUCAGUUUUGUUUAUUUUUAUGUAUUCAUGAAAUGUUUGAAUUGUGUUAGAAAUUUGUAUUACAAAUUUGACUUUGUUUUUGGUCAUCUGGAUUAUUUGUGUUUCUUUUCAUGACUUGAUUAUUGCUAUGAUAAUAUAUUGUAAAUAAUUCAGUCAUUAAAUUUUUGAAGGAAAUUA